GAACUGUGCAGCCCCGUGCAUCAGCCGUGAUAACCGCCUGCCAUCCCCCGACCUGCCGACACCAAGGACACCACCACCGGCCAUCAUCCGCGGCGGGGCAACGUUGGAAAAAUGACAUGGAGCCUGCUAUCGCACAACAGAGUGGUUUGCUUAUGUGUUUGCGUCCGCACGGAGCCUACUGGCAUGAAGCACUGGAGCCAAGGAUCAACCCUGGAGACAUGAAUGAUUUUGGUGUCCAUGUUCUCAUCACACCAACAGGAUAAUCUACUGAAGACAUGUUAUUUCAAGAUGAAGAUUGAUACCAGCCUGACUAUGCUCCAGCUCCCAGAGGCCCUGUCCCAGGCAGGCCUUCAGUUUUCGGUGGCCACUGAGGAGGACUUUGAUGAGAUCAUGGGCAUGAGCCAGGGUAUCUAUGGAGGCCUCGACUACCUGCCCACGAGAUACACCAAUUGGCUGCAGGAGAGCAACCGCACAGUCAUAUUGGCCCGCAAACAGGGAAAAGUGAUUGCUCUGGAGUCAGUGGUUGUGAUUGACGAUGGGGAGACAAUGCUGGUGGAAGGGCUACGUGUCGCCCCUCAGGAAAGGGGCAAGGGUGUGGCAGGGGUUCUGCUGCGCUUUUGCUCUGAUCUGGUCAAAUCUAAGUUUCCUGACGUCAAAGUAACCCGCUUGACCCGUGACGAUCAGCUCGGACCCAAGGAUUUCCAGAAAUAUCGCCUCAUAACCAAGCAGGGUAUUCUCCUGGUGCGCUUCAGGGCUGAAGAACUCAAGCUCCGUCUGUCUGAUCUUGGUCUUGGUGGAGAUAUUCAAUCUUCUUUGUCCACCUCCUUCAAACCUCCUCCAGUGCGUCUCGACAAUACAACCAUCCAGCGUCUGUAUCUGACCACUGAUCGGAUGCAUGGGGUCCUUCCUAACGCCACCAUCAUUCAAGAUUGGCAGCCAUUCAAGCUUCUACCCAGUAACAUGGCUAUUGUACUGAAGAAGGACAUUGACUGGAUGGUCGAUGAUGUGGCCAACCCUACUGUGGCCAGCCUCUGUACAUUCCCUUUCAGGGUGCCCAUUGGAGAUGACUGGUAUUACCUGAACAUCGACAUGUUCGGUAAGGACCUGGACCUGGUCCGGCAGCAGUUCCUGUGCCACCUGCAGCGCCACACUGCCACUCUGAAGGGUCACGUGAUGUGCCAGAUGUUCCUGGACCCGCCAAUCUGGAAGCCCAUGAUGGAAUUCUGCCGCAACAUCUUGAACGUGGAGCUGGUGAAGGAGUACACCGAGCAAUGCGUGGUGGAGUCAGACGUCAUCUAGCUGCGGAAUGAGGAUGGAAAGGAGUAGAAGACGUAGGAGCCAGAAAGGAAUAAGGACAAGGGGCAAAACAACAAGGAGUGGACACAACUCAAUUACACAAAAAACACAACCCUUUGUACUGAGGAGAGAAACCAGGCCAACAAAAUGUAGGUUCUACAAAACAAAACAAGUUUUUGCUGGUAGCGCAGUUUCAUUUAACGAUACCCAAAUAUAUACAGAGGGGGGACAUGAAAUAACAUUAUGUAAUCGGAUACAAUAAGUCUAUGAUAUUCAAUUGCUGUUUGAGGUGUUGAUACAACCUAAUCACUCCUAAAAUUCUUACUUAAUUUCUUUUCCUUUUUUUGACCCAAGGCUAGUCAAACACAACUAGAAUUUAAAGAUGUUUAUUGGGUCAGCUUUUUUGAGUUUACAAUUGUUAAACUGUACAAAUUCCAACCGUUAACCGACAUCACUUUGAAACGUUUGAAAACGUAUAAAAUCUGAUGAUUGGAAACUGAUGCAGACUAAAGCAACACCACUACAAACUCAAGCCUGGAAAUUGAAUAUACAGUUGAAUCAUUACCUUGUUAAUAUAUCUUGACUAUGAUUACAUUUUUUUUUUGUUAGUUAUGAAUAUGUCCACCCUCUGUAUGCCAUACGACUGGGGAAGGUAUAGUAAGAGUGAUGAGCUUGGGAAGGCUUUCUCACACCGGUAGCAGUGAUGUACCCUGAAACCUAAAAACAGUCAACAUGCAAAUGCUAUUCUUUUAUAAAAAAAAAUAAUCUAUUACCCUUAGGGCAUCUCAAACCUUUCAUCUCCGUUCUUUCUGUAAAUAAUAACCUUUAAAUAUGUACACGAGCUGAGUUGGGUUACUAAAUCUGCACAACUCUGAAGGCACUUUAUUAAAACUACACAGACAGGUUGUGUCUACGUUAGAAUGAAAGGAAUAGUUCAGGAUCAAAUAGGGGUAAUUUACAGAUCCCGUCACUCUCAUGUUGAUGGGUGCAUCUUUUAACUAGUAGGCUAUUCCUUGUAAACAACAACAACAACAACAACAACAACAACAAAUCUCUGCAGAAACAACAAACAAAGCCUGUCAUUUUAAAUGAACAUGCUCAGUCACAAAACGGCUGGCAAUUUAUCCUUCGUGAUGUUCAAUCUUAUGUCUUGGCUUUGGUGUUUUUUAUUGUUUUAAAUCUUUUACUGUAUAUAUAUGUUACUAAUUUAAUAUUUUCACUUAAAUGCUGCAAUAAAAUUUUAACAGAAAUUAAUAACUUCUGAAGCUGUAAGUGAAGUUUAGGCUUACUUUUGUAGAUUGCCAGCAUAAUGCCAAACAAAAUGCUAAUGCUUGAAAUUUUUUAACAGACUACUGUGCAGUUUACUACUGGCUUCAGCUAAUGCUGGGAGGAGGAGGAGGAAGAGGAGGAGGAGAUGGAGGAGGAGGACGGGAAUAACUGUUAUAAUUAACAGAAAUAUACUGAUAUGUUUUAACCAUCUUUAGCUGGCAAACGCCUUUUGAAAAAUAGUGUCGCCUGUGACUAUAGAGUAAGACCAGCGUUAGGACGACUCCAAACAUGUCCGAGCACACUCAUUUCUAGUUUAUUUUCCAGACAUAAACUGAAUAUUGUGGCUUAUACCAUGGCCAAGGACAGUACUAAUUUCUGAACAAUUGGCACCCGCUAUUCAAAUGCUAACUGCAUGGCUUUGUUGGUUUACGUUGGUCCAUCACUUUUUUACAGACAGAAGUAUCUUUACAAAUAAGCCUGCUAGAUCGCCCUGAAAUGUGGUACAGUUAAUAAAAUCGACUUAACAUAAACUUUUCAUAACGCCACCAUAAAAUACACAAAUGCAUGUCUCCUCAGGAUAGAUUGUAAUAACUUGGAAUGACUUAUCAUCUGGAAUCAUAAUCAGAUCACCAUUUUCAUUUUGUUUAAAAAUCAAAUACCUACAAAACUAAUGACAUUCCCAUCAGCCUCAGCUCUUAGCAAAAGCAUAAAUUAGCAUGAUAACAUGCCUCACUGAAAUGGCAUAGAUGUUAUAUAUUAUACUACUAGAACUGAUCAUGUCAACUGUCACUGGGAGCAUAUUAGCAUGCUAACAUUAGCAUUUAGCUCAAAGCAUCGCUGUGCCUAUACAGCCUUGCAAAGCUGCUAGCAUUGCUGUAGACUAGUUUUUGUUGGUGAGUGGCCAUGGUAUACGCACAGUACCAGUGUGUCGCCAUGGGUAAAAUAAUGACCUUAUUGGAGGACCCGACACUCAAAUGAUUCGGCCUACAUGUAGUCCAUUAUCAACUACAUUUAAAAACUUUAUAGAGGCUUCCUAGCGGGCCUUAAAGGUUUUAACACUUGCCCCUGUGGCAUUAAAAUGACAACAAGCAUGCAUAGCACAGAAAACAGACACUCAUUACUCUCUCUAAGUCUCCCUUUAAAUGCCCAUUUAGAGGAUGUGACACACGACCAAUAAUCUGAGCCAGAGAGAAGAAUCUUGUUGGGAAACAUCUCAGUUUGUAUACAACUAUUUUACCUCCCUGUUGCCUUGACCAACUAUUAUCUUGACUUCGACCCCUCUCUUCUUCCGGUAUGCAAUUUUAUAGGUGUAAGAAUGACUGGGCCUUUUUUCUAAGAUUAAUAAUGAGUCAAAAUAUUCCAAAAGUAUGAAAAGAAGGAACAAAAAAUCCUUUAAAGAUGAAUAUUUUAGCAGAGGCCUAUUCGAGUGGCCAUAAUCUUCGACAUUUACCAGGGAGCAUAGCAAAAUAGGAGGGAAAUAUCUUUUUACCGUAAUAUUUGUAACCAAAGAAAGUCACCACUCAUCUAUACCGAUGCCCUAUCAUUUGCUGCCAGGAGUGAAGUGAAGAUAUAGAAGGAUAGAAGACCAUGGGUGUGAUCUUUUUACUAUUUGUUUUUACGUGAUCACAAACUAUUUUUUGUAAUCUAUUUAUAAAAAUCUCAGUUAAUUUGUGGUCACUGAAUCCUUAUAUGGUCUUAACCCAAACUGCGUUCUCAUGAUUUUGAUUCGGAUGUGAUAAUCAUGUAUUAUCCAGCCAAAAACUAGUCAAUUUAGGGGCCCCGCCUUUUGUUAACAUUCUGGUUUGGUAGCUCAUAUUCUGGAUUUUGCUAAAAAAAUUCUCAAAUAUUUCCCUAUACUAUUCGUAAAUAAUGUAUAGUAUGCCCUUUUAAAUAUAUAAGUAGACUAGUUUAAUUAAAUGUGCUACAGAUGGUUUCCCAGUGGUAGGAACCAGUUAGUUGUCAGUUUAUUGAGUGUGUCAGCUGAUCAUUUCCAUUUAUUCAUCCUGGUUGCAGUCCAAGCAUGGUAGUCCAAUUAUACUUUCCAUUAGCCACAGCCACUAGCAAUUCCUGGGGGAUUCCAAGGUAUUCCCCAAUGCGAUGACCUUUGUAUUCCAAUCAGAAUGACCUCGGUCUGACAUGGUGUCUCAACCUAAUUUUAAAUGCCCAGAUACCCUCCUAAAGAAAGGUGUUCUUGAGGCAUGGUGAUCUGAUGCCUGAAACUGAAGGAUUGGCUCUGAGAGUCUUCCAGGUGUGUAGUUCCUCACCCUUUUUUCUUUGAAAAGUGAGAACAGACACCCCGUGUAGAAAACUAAUUUAUGCAGCUUAGAUUGGCGAUCUCAUUCCUCUUGGUCUUUGCCGAUCAUUCAGGGUUGGAAAGUAGAUCGACUGGUCUAGGGUUAGGGUUAGAGUUAGGAUAUUUUCCUCAACUAUGACAGUCCGGGUUAGGGUUAGUCCGUCAGUUAUCACAUAAUAGAUGCCGCACUACAUUGUGUGUUGAUAUCAUUUCAUCACAUCACACACCAAGACAAAAUCUUUACUUAAGGCAGUAACUUUCUCUUAACCCAAAGUAACCACUCCAUCAUGACAUAGGUGAAGACCAGAAUGUAAAUUGAUUGGUAAAUCCAGUUUGUGACUUCCGGACUCAGGUCCCUCUAAACCAAGGCAGAUUUUAGGUAAAUCCAUUUAAUCCUCACUUGUCUACAAGCACCUUAUACUCAGGUUUCUUGUUGGAAAGUUGUCAGUCCCAACUCACAACGAUCAUGAGAAAUCAGUUUGGUAUGUUCCAUUCGUUUUGUUGUCUCACAAAAUCAAAGCGUGUUUCAUCUUUCUUGUGAUUUCAAGAAAAUAACAAACAUCUUAACCCAUGUCCUCUACAGCCGUUUGUGCUUCUGUAUGAAGAUGUCUAGGAAGAUAAAGAUUUUGAAAGCCUUUAUGCAGUGAUGAAGAAAUGUAAAUAUGCAGCCCUUCUCCAUCCCCAACACACAAACACACACAUCUCAUACCAUUAGUAUAGUUAACCAGCUGUGUAAUCUUUGAAACUCUGUAAAAUUAGCUAGAUGUUUUCCUCUCAAUCGAAUACACCCUCUGUUCAAUUCCACAUAACCCUAACAUAGCAGGUAGGACUAUCCUUUGACAGAUUAUUAUAAAUAUACUCAUUAAUUUAUUUUUUGUUGUCUUGUCAUAAUAAUAUGUAAUACAUGUAAAUACGGUACUUUUUGCUGGAAAGCCACUGGAGUGUGUGAGAAUGAAGACUUAAUGUUAACACUUGAACAGCCAAAGCCUCAUUUGUAGGAAAUAAGCAUUGGCCAGUCGUCUGAGAACCUGUCAACCCAUCACUGAUCACCGAACUUUUUCAAAAAAUAAAACAUUCUAUUUUCAAUGUUCACUAAAUGUGCUCUACCGCCACUUCACUUUUAGCGCCAUUUCAGCAUGCUAUGCUUUCUUGAGUCCUGAUAUUAUAUGCUUCAAAGGGGGGGGUAGGGGGCCUUUUUUAAAGCUUUCUUCCACAUCUACAAAUCAACAAUCCCAUGUAAAAACUUUCUUCUAUCUAAAGGCCUUAGUAUGCUUCAAAGGAAGUAUGUUGUAGGAGGACUGUUACAAAUGACCACUAUAAAGUCUGCCAUCAUGGCAUCCCUUUUUAGUAAUCGUAAAGAUAAAAUCAAAGUUUUACAUUCCCCGCGAUCACCGGGCUUCUAGACACUUAGACAAUACGUUUCUUUAAAGCAUACUGAGGCCUUACAGUUUUGAAUUGUAAUCCUUGAAGUAUUUUUGUGUACAAACAAACCAUUUUUUUACCCUUCAAGUUGCUAUGGUCAUGGCAACGUCAAUAAAUUGGCCUGGUCAGUUUCAUCAAUUUGUGCUGCCAAUUUGAGUUUUGUCCUUUUUUUAACUUUGAAUUCCUCAAACUGUUUUUCUACUGUGCUACUAAAAAAAGACUCAGAUGAAAGUUUCCAUUGCCGAUGUUAGCUACAGUUAUUCCAUAAAGUUGACUCAGUCAUCAUCACGUGAAAGAAAGCAUCUUUUGGAUGCUUUUAUUAUGACUCCCAAACAAUUUCACAAAGGCAUGCAAAUGUACUUGGCAGAAGCUGUACUUUUUUUUUUUUCUUUGCAUGUUAAUGUUCCAAAUUGGUCAUUACAUCUGCAAGUCCUCAAUGUACAUGCCUAUAUAACAGUAGCUAACCGCAGAGCCAAAGGUGAAGAGACUCCUACGAACUUCUGAGGUCUAAAACCUGAAGCGUUCACAAAUUAAAACACGUUUCUGCCGUUGAGUUCUGCCGAUUGAGAUAUAUCCGACAAAUGUGGUUUAAUGAAAUUCAGUGAUUAAAAACUGUUCUUCAUACUACACACAAAAAGAUAACAUCACUCAUCCCAGGCCUAGCUAAACACAGGUGAACCGAGGUCUUGGAUUAACCUCUUUAAUAGCAUUUCUUUUUUUUUAAUAAGGGUCCAUACAUUCUAACUUAUAGUUUAAUAAAAGUCAAUAGUAUGUAAUGCUUUAUUUAUGCUUUAUGGGUCAGUAAUAUGAACAGCAUUUUGGUUACAAGAUUGUGAAAAGCCCACUUGGAUUACAGUUUAUCAUCUUCCAGCACAUUUCAUGUUUUUUAAAUUGUUCUUUAGCGCUUGGCCACAUAUCUUCUGGCAUUAUUAGAAAGCUGGAAAAAUGCUUCCCUGGGCUUUGGUUGUUGUUUCUCUUCCACAUGAACAGAUUUUGGGUACAUUAGUGUGUUACCUUUCCAUUUUGAAAGUGGUGGCCUAGAUCUGCAGAUAUCUUUGAUGUGUCCUCACCUGCCACCGCUGUUAAGGUUUGGUAUAUUGUGGUUUAGGUUAAAAAAAUGAUUACUUCUUAAAGGUUAGAAGAACUAAGAGAUAUUGGUUUAAAUAAACUAGCAGUAUACUGUAAAUAGGAAAUGGGAAACAAAUACCACAUAUCCAGGUUUUGACAACUGUACAACAACCACAACAACGUUAUUGCUAACGCUGUCACGCUCUGACAGACAGGUCAUGAUACACAUGGUCAAUAGACGCCCUCACCAGAAAAUGGUUGUAUUUUGGCAUUUGAACAAACUAUUUGAGUCGUCAUUUUAAUGGUUAGAGGCUCUCUAAAGAUUUUUCACAACCUCAUAUUCCAAAAGCUUUGUAUAACUGGUUUAGUACUGCUUAAUAGAGCAUAAAUACAUAAAUGUAUUACCCAUAACCAAAGCAACAACUAAAAAAAUGGGUACUACUGUCUAAUGAACCAAUGUACCAUUUAUAAAGGGUUUCCACUACCGUACAGCUAGCAAAGGCACGCAACACCAGCAUGUACAUGUCAUGGAUAGUAACAAAGAGGAUGUAUUUGAUUAUAAGGAGAAUAAGGUUAGCUAAAAAGGGUUAAAAUGUUGGUUAUAGAACCCAGUAGCGCCCCAAAAUCCCCUUAAUCAGGGAAAAUAUCUUCAGCCUUGUUAGUCUCAGAUCAGUUUCCAGUUUUCCAGAGUGCUGGAUGCCUAUACUUACUUAUAAUAUAGUGUACAAAUAUACAAAAUGUUCAGUUAAUGCACUGGAUUUUAUGCAUAAUAUUUCUUCACUGGAUGUGGAUGCAUUGUGUGCUUGAGGGAAGCUCGAAGAAGUGCCAAAUUUCAUGACUGCUAAACUUCCAUGUUUGUCUAUUAGCCUAUGAAAAUUUAAGAAAAAAGCAACAAAAGUUUUUAUUGAAAACAUGAGCUUACAUAAGCCUGAAAAUGUAUGCCUAUAGCAUACAAACAAAAGUCAAAAGUGAUAUCAUCAGUGGUUGAACGUGUUGCUGAAUUGAAUUACUGGACGUUAUUUUGGUUACUCAUAGCACUUUGUUUGAAAAAUGUGAUACUUGUAUACUUUGUAUACAAGUGAAUAAAAUGCUAACACAUUGUGCUGCAAGCCCUAUAAGUACUAUAGGGUUAAGUGUUAUAUUAAUGUAUGUAUUAUGACUUAUUGUACAAGCCAUUGAGUUAGUGGGUAAAGCAGCAUGCACUUUAGUUGUCUUUGGCAAUAAUAGAUAAGCUCCCUUCUCCUGUAAAGUAGCAUCAACUUCAGUGAAAAACACCUUCUUGUUCUUGUGGAACAUCUUGAUGUCCAGAAACAAUCAUCCAGUGUCAUGUGAUUUAAGCCUUUUUCUGACAGUUUAACAAUGUUGCUCCAAAGCUGAAUCAUUUGACAAAUGACACGUAGAGUUUGUACUUUAACAUACAGUGGCAUUGAAAUAAGACUUUAUUUUAACAACAGAACAACACAAUAAAUGGUUAAAAUGGCUCUGUUAUGUGAAAGAAUGCAGGUUUGAGUUAGUUCAGCGAGAGAUAAAAGAUAAGAGAUGAAAGAAAAGGUAACUAAGUACAUUUAUUAUACUAGUUUUUAAGUACUUUUUGUGAGUAAUUCCAUUUUGUGAGACCUUAUACUUUUACAUUUCAUAGGGAAUAUUGUCCUUUUUACUCCACUACAUUAACCUGUAGUUACUAGUUACUAAUGUUGUUAAAUGCAAAUUAUAAAUAAGAUGCACUGCUAGACUUUAAACUAGUCAGUGUCAUGAUAGAAAUGUGUAGGCUUCAAAGAUUUUAUUUUAAUAUGCACCCAAUGAUGCAAAUCUCUGUACAUUACAUCUCUGUGCUUGAUUUGUAGUGAUUGCUAUAUCAUGGCUUGAUUGGUAAUGCUUUGAACCUCCAGAAGGAGGAACAUGAACAAACCUUCUCCAUUUGUUGUAUUUUAAGUAAAGACAAGUGCUGAGUCUGUGUUUUCUUUCACGUUAUUUUUCUCCCUUUUGAAGUCAUUUUUCAACAUUUUUGGAAUCCUAUUUGCUUUCUGUCCGAGCCUUAACAGAGAAUGUAUAGGCUCAAUAUCACGUCUGUGCCUUAGAGAAAUGGUUCAAACUCUUAGAUAAAUGCGCCUAUUUGCUUCUUUCAGAGAGUUACACAAUAAGAUUGAUAUCAAUCUUAUGUUUUUGUGUUGAGUGUGGAGCUGGAGUCAGGAAAUGGUUAGCCUAGCUUGGAAUAAAGACUGAAAGCAAGGGGAAUGCUAACGCUAACAGUGGCCUGUUUAAUCCUUCUAGACAGAAACCUCAAAAUGUUGAUUUGUGGUUUGAGUGGUUUGCUUUAAACCUUUUCUUGGCAGAGAACAGAAUAUUUAUAGCCCAGUUACUUCUUUCUGCACACAGUCCCUUGAGCUAAUCUGCUGCUAAACAAAUAAUUUCCAGCACAUAAUUGAACAUAAAACCAGCAUUUUUCUUUAUAGAAUGUCCGUCUAAGAUACAAGAUGUUAAAGAGUGAACAUUAGAGGUGUUGGUAGGUGUAUUUGUUCACUGUGGACAAAGCCAGUCUAGCAUUUUCAGCUCUUUCCUGUCUUCAUGCUAAGCUACCACAUGCUAACUCCAGCUCGGUACUUAACACACAGACAUGAGAUUGAUAUCCAUCUGAACAUCGUGAACACUGAAAGAAUGUAAAUACCCGUAUCUAAAAAAGGUUUUCUAUUAAGUGAAGGGUCUGGGCUCAGGUUUAGCUUAGCUUAGCAUAAAGACUGGGGGCGAGUCGAACAGCUAGCCUGGCUCUUGCCAAAUAGUUUUUCUCAAAAAUGUUGAACAAUGUCUUGAAGGGUUUUACACCAGCAGUGCGUGGAUACAUUAUAUAUUUAUAGAAUAACACAUGAGUACUGAUGCAACGGUAAAAAAAGAAUGUGAAAAAUAUAUUUUAUUAUAUUUUACUUUGAAUACUUCUUACUUGCAAUUUCUGAAUGCAGUUUUAUUCCAUCAUGGUACUGAUAGCUUUACUUAAAUAAAGGAUCUCAGUGUUAUUCCCACUUCCAUUAAUUCAUUCUGUGGCUACCUUUCAUAGGAUUUUAUUAUUAUAAUUUGAUAUGAAAGUAUUUUUGUAGCACAACAAUUGGAUUGUUGUGCAAAAUGUAUUUUUUAUCAAAUAUUCUUCUAAGCAUAUUAAUAAAUUUGAAGUCACAGAGAAAACUGUUCCUAUCCUGUCCUCCACAGCAAACAUGAUGCAAUUAUCACACACAGUUACACAAUUCAAACCUUUCCCACCAAUAUAUAUAUAUUUUGAAACAAUAAACGUUUCUAAACAUGUGUACUGUAUUAUCAAGAUCGGGUUGCCCCAAGUAGGUUUUCCUAAAACUGGUCCCUACUGUUCAGUCAGUCUUACAUUGGUUGCCCCAACCAAACAUAUGUCUAGUCUUAACCACGCCCUUCUAAGAUAAAUGUCUGCUCAUGUGAAUGUUCACCUGACUAUUCCCAUUGCAUACACCUUAGACAAGAACAUUCACAGAGCUUUUCAUUCUGUAUUGAGCACCAUACUAACUGAAAACACUUCUGAUUAGUAAUACAUUUUGUAUAUUAUCCAGACAAUUAUGAAACUUAAAUUAACACCACCUAAGAUAAAUUGAAGGCUUGAUCCUGUAACAAUUUACAGUCAAACUAGCAGUGAUGUUUGUGCUUAUGCCAGUGAGCCAUAUUCAAAAAGCAAUUCAAAUGCUAAAUAUAAUUUCAUUAAUGUUGUCUCAUUAUGUGAGCACAAAGGAGAAGGCCACAACACUUCAGUGGUCAGCUCCAAGGCCAAGGAAAUUGUAUACGGUUGCAUUUCCAAGGUAACAUCAAAAAGCAAAACAGUGUCUUUAGUUUUCAAUAAUAUCUGCUGUGAAUAUAUCAUAUUUAGUUUUCAUAUAGUCUUAAUGUGUCAAAUCAAGAUUGUUCUAUCACAAAUGUUGACUCUAUGCGUGCACCUAACAACAAUGAAGUUGGACUGAGAACGCAACGUAAAUGUAGAAAACAGUUACAGCUCGUUUAGCUUAGGACCAUGCAUAUGACCAGUUUGUACAACUGGCCUAGCAUGUUAGCAUAUUGUGAGCAUUUUAGCAUGCUGACUUUAGCAAUCAAGCACUGUUGUGCCUAAGCUGAAAUUCAGUUUAUUUUAAGGAUAAUUGACUUUGUCAUUAGCAUUGGAACCAAUGUGUCUCCCGACCUUUGCAACAAAUAUUCUAGCAUCCUUAAUCACAACAAACUGGCUACUCAAGGCAUGGUUGCUGGCGAGCUAACAGCUUACGUCGUACCGUUGUUAGAGUACGUUCGCUUUUUGGGACAAAAAAACAAUCAGUAUUCAAAUUAGCUUGAAAGCUUAAAUUCACCUGGCUCUCAGUCUGAAUGCAACUAUUGAAGUCCUGUUUUAAACACAAAGGCCUACAUAAAAGAAAUUGUUCAAAGCUCUUCUCUUACAGUUGGUGUGCUGUGCAUAGUAUACCAUGGUGAUCUGCCAACAGAACUACAUCUGAGUGUCCUAGAAUGGUGUGGCUGACAGUGUAAGAAGGUCCAGAAACAGUCUUUGCUUUUGCCAUUUUAAAUGUUUCAUUACAUCACACGUUUAAAGGUCUUGUAUUCCCAAAAAUUAUCAUAUUUCCAAUACCUGGGAAACUUCAUUUACAGGAAACCAAAGUUUGAAAACGAAAGUGGAAGUGUAAUUUACUGCUCAGGUCAUGCUGGCACAUUGGGGUAAAGAACUGAGAAGGCUGUCUUUUAAGAUAAAUGCUGCAUAAGAUCAACACACUUCCUGUUUGUUUGUUCUUGUGGCUGACAUACUUUUACUCGACUGGCGGAGGUACGGUCAUUUUCCCAUGUAAAUAUUUGAAACUUUUACAUUAAAACUUUACCGUAAAAAAACGAA